AUGAUCCCCAUAGUUUACCUGUCAGCGAUACUUCUCCAUCUCUCGGCUGCAUCUGCAGCUGUAGUCCCCCGACAAGAUUCGGCCAAGGCGACGACGUUUGACAUCACCUCGGGUGACAAGGCGAAAGUCAAGGAUGCUGCUCCAGUCGCUAUAUCUAUUGAGUUCUUCGCAUUCCCCGAAUACGUACAAGUCCUCGGUAACACGGCGCAAUGCUUGAAGAACCUCGGAGAUGCCGCCGGUGCCGCUACGAGGAUCCGCAUUGGCGGUACCACCCAAGAUCGAGCUACAUACGACCCCUCGUUGACCUCUGCCGUCACGUACUCUGUCGAUGACCCCGCCGACGCGCCCGCGAACCUCACUUACGGGCCUGCUUUCUUCGAGCUUGCGUCGCAACUUUCCGGCCCGACGACUAUCGGAUUGAACAGGCGUUUGAACGAUAUCAACAACACCAUCUCAGCAGCGCAGGAGGCAGUCGAACAAAUGGAGAACCUUUUUGCUAUCGAGCUGGGGAAUGAGCCCGACCUGUACACGGAUGACGACCCCAUCGCAGACAACCAAACCUGGUCACCCUCCCUCGAUGCCCAAAUUCAAGUCAACUGGCAGAGUCAAAUCUCAACAGCUCUCAACAGAACCGCCAUUAUCCAAGCUGGCGUCUUCCUCCAGCCUCCAGCUUUCUCCAUCGCCGAGCUCGGUCCUCUCGAGCAGUCCUCUGGCUCUCUGGAAUACGUGAGAUCUUGGGCAGACCACGCUUAUCCUCAGUCGGCUUGCGGAGACUCGACUACCGACUUGGAGAGUCUUCAGAAUCACUCGAGUAUUGUGGAGUUUGUCAUGACGUUCCAAGGGGAGGUUGAUGCGGCGGACGAGUUGGGAGAGGAGAGACCGCUAGUAUUUGGGGAGACGAAUUCGGCGACUUGUGGUGGGGGUGGGAUAUCGGCGACGUAUGGCGCAGGGCUCUGGAUUGUGGAUUAUGUUCUGCAGAGUGUCAAACUCGGGUAUGAGCGCUUGUACUUUCACCAUGGUACGAUCGGCAAUAGCCCAUACUCGUGGUGGGGUCGCGAUCAAGUCUUCUCGCCAUACUAUGGAGCCAUCUUUGCCGCUUCCGCGUUGAACGACGCAGCCUACAUAACCCAGCUCGACUCGUCCACAUCUCAUUUCGCUAUCUACACGUUUCACUCUUCCAACGAUGCCCUCCUUCGCGCGGUGAUACUCAACACCCAAUACUACCCCAACACGACCACUUCCGCUAGGCCUUCGGAGACUGUCGUCCUCACCGGUCUGGAAGAUGGAGAAAGUGGGAAGGUGAAAGGAAAGAGGCUGACAGCGCCAUGGUCGACUUCGCAAGUGGAAUUUGGGGAGAGUCCUACGUUCGGGGGGCAGAGUUUCAAUGGGGAGAGCUGUGAGGCGGAGGGCGAGGAGGUUUGGGAAGAGAUGGAUGUGGCGGGCGGGGAGGUCAAAAUUGAGGUGGCGGCUUCAGAAGCGGUUCUUGUAUAUUUCUGA